CACGACGAUUGCAAUGACGCAAACUGUAGCGAUGGGCGAAGCAAAAAUAUAAUGCGCGCUACUGCAUCAAUGUGCUUAAAGUCUCAUCGACUAAAAGUAAAUGGCACCAGUUAACAUCAUAUUAUUAAGCUAACUGCGUAUUGAUAAAGUGCAUAAUAAUUCUAAUGAACUAGUCAUUUUGAAGAGAAACAACAACGCAACAUUUUGUGCAUCGUAUUAUGGAAAGUUCAACUCACUUAUUUGAAGUUGGUGACAAUAUUUUGGAGCUUGUACUAAAUUUGUUAAAUUAUUCAUCCAUAAACUCUUUUAACGAGGAUGUUGGCAAAAUUAGAGAAUGGAUGAUGAAACAACCACAUUUUCCAGAAGUAAUGGCCGACAAAAAAAUUGAAAACUUUCUUAUUUUAAACAAAGGCAGCGUCGAAAGAUGUAAGGAAAAAAUAGAAAACUACUACAGCGUAAGAACCCACUUAACUGAAAUAUUUGAAAAUAUUAAUCCCAAAUUACCUUACAUGGAAUAUACCUUGAAGGCAAUGUAUAUGGUUCCUCUUCCAAAACUUACAAAGGACAAUUACAGAGUAUUUUACCAUAAAAUACGCGAUGCACACUUAGCGGCAAACUUUGAUUAUAACUACGCUGUCCGUCUUGUGGUAAAUAUACAAGAACUUCGUUUGACUGAAGAUGUUGCUUAUGGCGAUGUCUUUAUAAUAGACGGUCAAAAUACUCCCCCAAGUCUUGUGUUCAAAGUUAAACUAACAACUCUAUACAACGCAUUAGUAGUUAUAUACAAGAGGGUUUUCUCGAAUCGAAUGAAAGCACUUUAUCUAAUUAACGCUCCUUCUUCUAUAGAAUGGAUUCUAAAUGUUAUUAAGAGCGUUAUAAAACCUAAGCUAUUCGAGCGAAUACAUGUAUGUGAAAAUUGGAAUACUGUCUCUGAACAGAUAGGCGAGGAAAUUCUACCGAGAGACUGUGGAGGUAAAGAAAAAUCUUUGGAAAAAUUACAAGAUAUCCUCCGACAAGAAUUUAAAAGACGCCAGGAGUACUUUGAUCAACUAGAUGAACUUCGUCUUAAUGAAGAACUGAGACCUCAAAAGCUUAAAGAUGGUGACAUGUUCGGGUUUUCCGGAAAUUUUAAAAAAUUAGAAAUUGAUUAAAUUAAUAUUUGCCACACAUUUUAACGUAUUAGUAGAUUGUUUUAGUUUCAGAUAAUGUACGAAUCAUGAUGGUAUUUUAAAUAUUUGUGUAUAAUUUAGGACUGAAAUUAUAUUCCAACGUUACGUUAGUUGCACAGACCACAAAAUAAAAUUCGAGGUUAAUCGGACCCAUUACACCUGUUAAUACUAUUAGCAUAUUUUAGAAAACAAUACUUAAAAUUCAAUCUAAUCAUGCAUAAUCUACACUUUUUUUUACAAUUUAGAAACUGUAAAAACAAAUUAAUAAUGUUGAUUUUAU